GAAGAACCGGUCUAUUUUCGGCUAUAUUAUCAUCUGCUAAAUACAUAACUUAAUGAAAUUUGGUUUUAAGGAAUCCAGUAUCGGUAAAGGUUAAUGCUAAUGAAGCGAUGCCAGCAAAAUUAGAAACUAUUUUCAAUUAUUUGAAAAUAGAAGGGGAUUCGUUAAUCUAAUAGAAUAUCAAAUAUGAAAUGAAUUAACUAGCCAAAUUCAUGUUUGAGUGUCAAUUUUAUUUAGUUGAAAGAGAAAUGUUUAAAAAUAAUUACUACUGAGAAUGAUAUUAGAGAAAGGGCAAAUCAACGUUUAUUUAUUCGCAGUUGCUAAGAGCUGUAAAUUCAAGUUAAUAUUUCAAUUUAGUUAAUUAAUUAUCAAAAAAGCAC